AUGUCCAAGCCCUUCCGAGACAUGGCUUCGCGCAAGGACGGAUCAUCGUCAGUUGCCCAUUCUCCCUUCAAACUCCGAAGAUUAUCCCUCACAAAGUCUUCCUCUCCUGUCUCUCUGUGCUCUCUAAUUUGCGCAAAACUCUCAACCGACAGCCUCGGUGCCCGUCAUACGCCGGGUCUGCGCGUGUCCCGCCCCGUGUUGGUGAGCGGAAAUGGCACAGUGUCAGUCUGGAGCACCACGAACACCUGUCACCGUACGGGUGCGUACAGUGGUGUGGCUCCGGCGAUCAAAAUGUUGCCCCACUCGGGGUACCGCAUGGUACACGGGCUCUGGCAGGAUCUCAACCUUGUUCAUGCUCCUCUUCAGGAAGCAGCGGCGCGCUAA